UAACUAUGAAAGCUUUUCUAAAGAAUUCAGAUGGUAUUUUUGUUCUGAGGCCAAAGAUAACUACUUUAGGAAGGCAUGAAGAUUCAGACAUUAUCCUUAAGUCUCCAAAUGUUGAUGAUCGUCAUGCGGCUAUCGAGUUCACAGAGUCAGAAAACAUCUUCAUCCUUCGAGAUUUUAACUCCACUCAUGGAACAUUUGUCAACGAUUGCCACAUCCAGAAUGCAGCAGUGAAAGUUAACCCUGGAGAUGUUUUGCGGUUUGGCUCCAAUGGAACAGCCUUUGAGCUUAUAGUAGAAAGCGCUCCUCAGGAAAAGGUGUCGUGCCCGCCAGUGAUGCGCCGUGCCGCCUGGCCUGGGCAGCUCCAGAUAGUCACAGAGAUGAAAGCCCCUCCAGCAGCGGCAUCUCAGUUUCCAUUCCUUCAAUCUCAUUCUCUACCUCACGCCAGCAGCAGCUGGACCUACGGAACAAGCGGGACUUCACCGCAUCCACCGCUUGGGAAGAGACCCUUGAACGCUUGGGGCAGAGCGGUCUCGUCCCCUUCUUUCUCUCCCAACGCUUUCAGCAGGCCACCCACAGAAACGUUAGGGGCUGGAACUACUACUGGUCCUUUGCCAAGUGCCUAUCACACUGACUCGGCUCCCAAGGAGAAGAACGAGCUCCCUGUGAAAACAGAACACGAAACCAGCCGCGUCCCCAGCUACGAAGGUGAGUCUAAUCAAAAGGAUACGGUGAUAGCAAAUCUUCAGGAAGAGCUUGCAGCGAUGACCGAGAAGACAGUGGCGGCUCUUGCCAGGAAAGAUGCCAUGUUUCAUCAGAAGCUCCAGACUCUCAGCAAGGACAUUGAAGUGAAGACCGAAGAAAUUAAGGCUUUGAAAGAGCAGGUUUCCCACCUGCAGCAAAACACAAGUGAAGUGUUGAGCCAUUCCCUUUCAGAAAGAGACCUCCAGAUUGCACACUGGAAGCAAGAGACUGAGAAUCUGAAGAAAAGCAAUUCUCUGACUUCGGGGCUGGUGACCAGUUUGCAAAAAGACAUUACGUCAAAGGAGCAGAAGAUGCAACAGCUGAAAAUAGAUAUGGAGAAAUUAAGACGAGAGAACAGGGAGAAGGACAACCAGCUUGCCCAUGUGUCUGCCCAGUGUUCUAGAAUUAAAGAUGAACUGAAGCGUGAAUUCAGAGAGAGAGAAGUAAAUGCCUAUCAGAAACGUAUUGCUGAGCUUGAACUGCAAGUAAAGAGAGCAGAAGAAGAAGUACAGAAAUGGUGUGCUGAGCAGGAAACCUUAACCAAAAAGCUUGCAGAAAAAACAAAGUCUGAGGAGGAGCUGCAAAGGGAAUGUGAGAAGAGAUUGCAGCAGUUACAAGAAAUGGGGCGCCGAGAACACCUCGCAAAGUCGGACCUGGAGGCAGCAGGAGCUCAGGCGCAGCAUUUCAGAAGGCAGAUGAUUGAAUCCCUUUUGUCAGAACUUCCAGAGAAGUCAGUGUCAGACCAACAGAUCAUCGAGAGGAUCAAUGCAGUGAAGAAGAUCAACAAGGAGUUUUCUCAGAUGGAGAAGAUGCUGAGAGAGGAAAUCCGUGUCAAAGCAGCCAAAGAGAAAGCAAUAACUGAGCAAUUUGAGCUGCUGAAGAAAUCACUGGAUGGAUUUCAGGCUUUCCUGAAAACCUCCUACUGCAGCAGCAGCUUGAGAAAGGAGGUCUGCAGUCUUCAAAACCUGACCUUCACCCUGCCAGUCUCAUGGGUCCAGAACUGGGCAGUCGAAGUCUUGUGUAGCUUGCUGAGCUGGGUGGAUGCAGUGGAACGUCUCCUGUUGGAUAUGGGACUUGACAUCAUUGACUCUGAGAAAGGAAUGGCCUCCUACAUGAAGAAGCUGUUUGACAACCAUUUGAACACCAUGGGCAAGCUUCAGACCUUACAGACCCGGCUAAGGCUGGCAGAGGAGUCCCAGCAUUCUCUGCUGUGGGAGAAGAUGAUUGAAAUGAAAGCCAAACUUGAGAAGGAGUUCCAGGACAAAGAGCAAGUGCUUCUGGACAAAGUGAAGACUCUGGAGGAGACAGCCGCCUUGGAGAAAGAAAAAUUAAACAAAGCUAUGGAGAAAGAAAAGAAAAAAAUCCAGGAUUUGGAAACUGAGAUGGAACGGCUGGCUGAGGAAAUUAAAGAUAAAACUGAAUCGGAAGAGGCUUUGAAUGCUAAGCUAAGAGAGACUUUGGAGAUGCUAGACGAGACGAAGAGAAGAAAGAUAGUGGCAGAAGAGAAGAUAACCAUCUGGGAGAAGCGUCUGAAAAGCAUUGAGAACGAAAAAGAAAUACAGAAACAAAAGCAUCAGGAGGAGUUUGCAGAAUACAAGGAGCAGAUCAAACAACAUUCGCGGACAAUAGUCGCGAUGGAGGGAAGGCUGUCGGAGGCUGCCCAGUACCUAAAGAAGGUGAAGGAGGAGAAUUUCAAGUUCCGGCAGCAAAUAGAAGAAAUGCAGAGGGAAUCCGGCAAGUCUAAGCAGUCCAUUUCACAAGAGGUUUCUGUGCCACCCAUUUCACAAAAGUCUUCUAUGCUGUCAGUUUCACAAGACGUUUCUGUGCCAUUCCUAUCACAAGAGGUUUUUCUGCCAUCCCAUUCAGAAGAAGUUUCUUGCGCCAGAGGGGACCAUGUUUUCAUUAUGGAAGAAUUAGCAUCCGCGAGGCAUGAAAUCCUUUCAAAGCAAGCUGUAAUCUUGGAAUUAAAGAAGGAGCUCUCGGAAGUCAAAGCCAGGAUGUCCGACGUGAUUGGAGAACUGAGUGAAAAGCAAAAGAUGGAACUGGAGCAGAAGCGCAGUCUGGUCCACAGCCAAGCGCAAGAACUCAACCAACUCCGAGAGAAGCUGUAUGAGAUGUCCAAGCUGGUGGACCAGAAGGAUGCAAACCUUAAAAGUGCAAAUGAAGAAUUAAGGAGCUCCAGGGAAAAACUGAAAGAGCUGAAGACGGAAGUGCAAAAAAAGGCAAGACUACUCGAGAAGAGUGUCCAGCACAAGAGCAGUCAGACAAACAUCACCCUGCUGGAUGAAGGCCCUGCUGCUGCCAAAAAGGUGCCGGCCUUGGACCUGGCUGACCUGGGAGCGAAAUGCAAAGGCUACAGACACGAGGAGACCAUCUUGCGCCAAAAAGAUGCCCUGACUGAAUUGCGGGAAAGAAUCAAAGAGCUGGAGAGAACUCGGCUUUCAGAAUUUAAAGAGAAAACUCCAGAGCCAUUUAUAGUACUAAAAAAAGACCUCACUGAGAAAAGGGAUCAAAAAACAGAGAAAGAACGUGAGCUGCCAACGGGGACAGGUGUGGAUGCUAAUAAGCGCCAGAGCAGCAUUUGUAGCAUGGAUCCCAAUGUGGUGAUAGAAAGGACUGCAAAGCUGGAGAUGUCAGAUGCUUUAGAACUCAGUGAGAACAUGUACCUCACCCUGAUUCAGGAUCUAGCCAGCCUGAUGGGUGUGAAGGAACUGCUGGGAAUGCAGACAGUCAAACACCUUCCCCAUGACGAGCGGGCGAAGGUCGGACAGAUGAGGCAGAAGGACCUCGAGGUGCUGUUUGACAAAAUCAGCAAGCUGAAGCUCCGUCUGGAAAGGAAGGAGGAGUUAUUGAAAGAGUACGAGAAAGAUGCCGGGGAGUUCAGGACAAACACACUGUCUAUGCAAGCAUGCCAGGUCGAGAUGAGCAAGCUAGCUGACAGGAUCUACCGGGAAGCCGAAGAGAACACUUUGCUGAAAGAAGCUCUGGAGAGGACAAAACUACAGCUGAGCCAGGAGAAGAGGCUGAACAGGGUUCUUAAGCAGCAUAAGCCAGCCACCAAAAAGAAAAUGUUCCCUGAAAAUCAGAAGAUGCCUGAGAGGCCAGUAGAAGCCUUUAAGAAAAGAGCACCCUACAGCGCUUUUGCUUAGGCAUCCCACUUGCCAGACUCCUCUAGAGUAAGAAUAAUGGGGUCCAUGUCUGUAAAUAUGAUAAAUGAUGCAGCAGUUUAUAUAAAAAAACAUAGCAGAGUUUUAUAAUUAUCUAUAUGUGUAUGUAUAUAUAUAGAUAUAUAUAGAUAUAUUUUACAUACGGUGGUCUUAACUGCUGUGCGGUAUCUUGGCGACUAGAAAUGUAUUGAAAAUUCAACACAAAAUUAUGUAUAAAAGUUUCAGCAUGCUGAA